GACACUACAACCAUAAUAAACGAAGACAGAGGCGUUGUUUUUCUACACGUAGCUUAUUCACUUGGUCUUCAUCAUGAAGUCACUGGAUUUGUUGCGAUCAUUGCUUGAAUUAAAAAAGUAGACAGUAGGCUAGACUUUUCACAAGACUUGCUACAGAAUCUAGGCUCUAGAUAUCUAGAUUCUAGUUCUAGAAAUCUAGAAUCUAAUCCAAUUCCGAAGUUUCUGAUCUUCAUGAUACUAGACUCUAGAAUCUAGCCUAGAUCUAGAUCUAGAUUCUAAUUCAUACUCACUCAGAGUUCUUCUGAACUCAGAACUGAGUUCAGUGAGAGUGCCUUUUUGUUGUUGACUAAAACAAGGUGAGAUCUAGGCUAGACUAGAAAUCUAGACUUCUCAUUCCAGUCGUCUAGAUCUAGAAGUAGAAGUCAAGAGACCAACCAAGGCCCACAUCCUGUUGUAAAUUACAACCAUCAAUGAGGUCUCUGGUCUAGAUUCUAGACCUCUUUUAAAUAUGUUAUACUUAUAAUUAUACUUUUGGAAGUGACUGAGUUAAAUAGUUAAUUCUCAACGAAGGUCCUAGCUACAGGCUACAGCACUACUACAGUCACUACAGAGCAGCUACGGCUACACUAGGCUAUACAUUUAGCGAGAGUCUGUCAAUCACAUGCAACUGAGAUCUUUAAAAUUGGCAGUGUGACGAUCCCAAAGACAUGAGCUGGAAUCCAUUUAGCCGGUCAUCUUCGUCUGUUCCGAAGAAAAGUGUAUUGUCGCGAACGGCACAAAGAGACUUUGAGCGGGAAGUGAAACGACUGGAUGAGCUGGAAGAGUUGACUCGUCGUUUAUACAAAGAUGGGAAGAGGAUGACUGAGGCUAACAAUGCCCUUGCCAAGACUGAGAGGAAGCUGACUCAAGACCUGCUGCCCACACCACUCUGUCAGUCAGAGGAUGAGUUUCGCUCACAGAUAGAAGGCUGGGACUCUGCCCUGGUCAAGAUGGACAUGCAUAUGACAGAUCUGAAUGUUGUAGUGCAUCGCACAGUAUUAGAACCAUUAAAAAAAUUUGUGAGCAUGUUUCCGUAUGCCCAGGUAGCAGUCAAGAAAAGGGAUCAAGCCCUCCAGGAGUUCCAGAAGUGUCAAGACAAGGUGAAUAAGUACCAAGACCGGGACAGGACGGGACAGAAUGUCGUCAAGUUAAGUUCGAGUAAGAAAGCUUUGACAAGUGCCCAAGCAGACUUCACCAGUCAGAACAACAGUGUGUGUGAAGACAUUCCGAAAAUGAUUGAAAACCGGGCAGACUACUUCCAACCUUCUCUUGAAGCUCUCAUUAAGUCUCAGGUUCAGUACACAACGGAAGCUGUGAAAGUCUAUGGAGAGCUGUCGAACACUAUGAAUGGGCAUCGUGAGCACUCAAAGCAUGAUUACAAGUCGCAAGUCCAGCAAGGUCUUGCAGAGCUUAGGUCCCUGGCUAUUACUACAGACUGAAAUGAUUCAUUUGUGAGGCAGCACGAUGAAACAGGCGCUCGUGAAAAUAAUGAAAUUGAACAAAUCAGCAUUUUUCUGCUGGUUUGACAAUUUUUAUCGAAUUUGUUUUUUUGGCUUGAUACCUUUUAUGUCCAUAAUUUAAGAACACAUCUCUGGGUGGACUUUACUGAAAAAUGUUGAAUAAAGGCUAAAAAAAUAUAAAUUUUCAGUUUCCAUGACUCUCAAGCUAUGGAAACAAUCAAUCUUUGUUGCCCAUUUUGUUGCUAAUUUUACCUCUGACACCAGGCGACCCCCACCUCCUUCAGUCAUUAAUACCUUGACAUAUAUAGAGAUAGAUGGGUUUUCCUUCAUCGUAAGCAAGACAAAUGGACAAGCUUUAUGUUUAAGAUGAUACCAGUAACUCCACAUUCCCUCAAAAUUGACGAGCGUCUGAUUCCACCACAUUGCAACACAUUUUUUAUUUCCAAAUGAAACCUGUGAUCAGAGGUAAAAAAAUCUUUCACUGCUCUUUGGCGGUUGUUGUAACAGCCAAAAAGUCAAAGCUUUUAACUUCCAAAAAAAUAGCCUUAUAUCAAAGCACCUCUAAUUGCUUUGAAACUAUGUGGAAAGGCAUGGUGCUAGGUUCAUAAACGAGAGUGGUGAGUGCAAUAUGUCAUAUGUUGUGGUAAUUAGGGCUGUUGGUUUGAGUCUCAGUUCUGAAUUUAUAGGAGGAGAGGAACCGUCCCUCGAAUUCAUAUUUUUCGGAAUUGUAGAAGAUUGGAAGCAGGAUGUUUAAUUUCAACCUGUUGCUUUUUGUCAUUUGUGUACUGUAUGUGUUGUGGAGCGGGAAAAGGCUUAUGGGCUGCGGGUCGGUAGUUGCAUGAGAUUACAUUCCAGAUUAUAUACUUGUCUACUUUGGAAGGAUGCUGACAUCGUGUGAAAGGACUGCUAAUAUAUUCAGUUACAUGUUUUCUGAUUUCAAUGGUUUGAUACUAUUUGCUUAUAUUACAGUGAUCUCUUGCAUUAGUACAACUACUCAGUUUUGUGUUUUGUGAGAAUGCUGUGAAAAAUGUCAGUGCCAUAUGAUGCUCACAGAUAUAUUGAAUGUACUAUAAAUGGUAAGAAUUACUUUUGCAUAGGUGUAUUUUGAGUCUUUAGAAUUCAAACUGAUUUUGAGCACCUGAUGUGUUCAGUUGUAGUAAAGUGUAAAUAGAUUACUUGUGCCUUGAUGCUUCACAGUACUUCUGCUUUACUUGGACAAUUGGAUUUUUUUUUUUUUCCAGGAAAUCUUUUCCUCCUCAAAAAAGGUGAAAAAUACUGGUCUUGUGAGCAUAUUGCUUAUAUUUUAAAGAUACCUAAGUAGUUGAAAUUUGAUGAAGAUUAGCCCAACCAAUUCUGGCUUCUCUGUGCUGAAUGCAAAAUUAGUUCCCAACCAAACUGGAGGAUUUUUGUGACUGUUUAUAAUUUUCAGGGAAUUGGUGAAUAUAACACUUGAGUGCCUAAAAUAUAAAAAUGGUUCUGUUCUAGACUUACUUUACUUUUCCUAUCCUUCUGAGUUCUAGCCCAUCGGCCUGAUUUUUAUUCAGAAUAGAACAAUUUUUAUAGUAUACAUCCACACUGACACAGGCAGGCAUGAACUCACACACACACACACAACACACACACACAGAUACCCACACACUCACACCCACACACUAACAAACAAAUCUGCCCCACUGAGCAGGGGCAAAAAGAAGACUUCAUUCACUGCAUUUUUGUGAACUGUAGCAUUUAUUCUUUUGUGGUAGUCAGUGUUUAUAGAAAACUUACGCCUUCUUCAUUUUUGCCUUUUGUGUGUCUCAAAUAUUUGUUUAAAAUCUAUAUUGUCCCAUACCUUACUGUGUUCUGUCUUUUACUGGUACUGCUGAAUUAAUUGUUGAUUUUUAUGUGUUUUACUGUUGCACAUACUGUAUGGCAUGAAUAUUUCAUAACGUAUUUUCUUUCCUGUCUACUGCACUUGCUUUACUCCAAAUCCAAAAGCACCUUUAUCAAUAUACAGAAUUACUGUCGAGCAGGGAUAUCUCAAACAUGCCAGGGGUUGACAAAUGUGUUUGACACAUCCAUAAUUCAACAAAACCAUGAUAGUGAUAACACAAAAAAAUAAGAGAUAUUGAUGAAAAAUCACUAAAGGACUGAAGGAUGGAUAGUGAGUGCCUGUUGUUCAGUGUUGAAGCAAGAGAAAUUCAGGCUACCUAUGCUCGACUGUAGGUAAAGGAAUUAUAUGACUACAAACUGCUCUUUAUCUUUGUCUCUGGUCUCUUUUUUCUGUAUCUUUCACUGAGCUGUUUCACCAGCUGUGUGUUAAUCUUCUAUGCAACUCAAAUCAAAUCGGAUAUUUUAGUAAAUAUAUAUAUAUCAUGUAUCUAUACCUGUUCUUCUGCACAUUUAUUGUAUAUCAUAUAUUUCACAUUCCCUUGCCAUUUUUCUUUGUCUUAUGAUCGCCAGAAUUAUAGAUGGGUAGUUCUGCAGCAGUUUUCAUAUGAUAGAAAUGGAAACUGCUCAGCUCCUCAUAAAAAUCCUUUUCAAUGUUACUUCAGCCUAGUGAGAAAAAAAAUGUUACGGUUAAGUUUAAAUCAAGGAGAAUUCCUGGCUUAGGCUUUGAAUAGGAAGGUGUUGUCUUGAGAAAAAAAAAACACACUGAGAUUAGUGUGUGGCUCUCUUUUAUCUCAAGAAGACAAUUAAUUCGUUAUUUGCGUCUGUGCUUGAGGAAAGGGACCAUAUGUUGGCAAAGUCAGUUUUGAGCUAAAGGCGUACGAAGAUGUACCUGGUCACAGGUCGAAAUGUAGUUCUAACAGAAAAUUAAAGUUCCGACUUUUCCUAAAUCCUCUUCCAAAAGGCUUUAGCUCAAUUUUUAUUUGUAAGUUGUAUGAAAAUUAAAGUGUUUAAAUUUAAAGAGUAUCUCAGACCUGUUUUUAAGUCGCCAAUGGACACAAUCUAAUAAGCUUUUUCUCUGCCCAAACCCUAGCAUGUUGUGUAAACGGUAUCUCCCCAUCACAGUGAAUUGUAGUGUACAUGAACACUGGUACAGAGACCUAAUUUCUCACAUAUUCACAUCAGUUGGUUUUGUGUUUUUACAAAUUUUUACACAACUUUAAUGCUCCACUCUACGUGUAUUGACACUUUUUUUUACUGAAGUUUAAUAUAUUUAAUAUCUAUUAAUGAAAAUGAUUAAGGGGAGAAUGGCAGAUUUGGUUAUUUUUGUGAAAAAUAAGUCAUUUACUUGUUAAGCUAUUUUUUUCAAAAAUUUCUUUUUUGUACGGUACCUUGUCUUACAAAACCUGCCUGCAAUUCUCCUUAAUAAGUGUUGAAGAUAUCUGAAAAAUUAAAGAAUCAGCUGAUUUAGAAGUUGAAAAACCCAAUUAAAACUUCAUUAUCUUCAGUUUUGAAAAUUGCCAACUUUAUUAUGGACCCUUUUCUCAGGCACACACACAUUUUUCUUUAAAUGUAUCACAAUGUGUGUACCUACCUCUUUGUAAUAGUAAUUAAUUAUAUAACUGAACGUAUUGAUUUGUGUUAAGGAUAUAAAGAUGUUAAUGUUACUAGACUAAGGAUAUUCUCCUCUAUUGGUUUGUCAGUACAAAUAUUUUGUGUUUCUGUAUAAAUCUUAAAUGAUUCCUAUCUCUCUGAGAUGCAUUAGCUUAAGAAAAGCAGGUAAACAUCAGACAAAUCCUACUUCAACCUUGAUUAAUUCAGUAAAAAUUCUCAAUAAAGUGGGCCUACUGUAUUGUAAAAAGUUGUCAAGGAUAAUUCUGGUCAAUGUGACUUGUUUUGGAGAAAAGAAAAAGACCCGUUUCUUUGUUCAUUUCAAACAUUUGCCUUAAAGUGGCUUGGCACAAGGGCAUUCACAGUAUGUGGUAUGCUGGUUUCUUUGCUGUUAUUUUGCUGAACUAGGAAUUUUUAUUGCUCUUAGUGUGCUAGCUUUUGUGAAAUGGUUCUAUAUAUAUCUUAUCGAUUUUUAAUCUUUUUGUGGCUUUAAUUUUUGUUAUACACAAUAUAACUGGUAUGUCAAUGUUGUUAAAAAAUCUGUAUGUGCCUAGUUGUUUCCCAUGGAAAUCAUAUUUCUGUGGUUAUUUUUUUCUGUUAUCAUUACUCACAUCAAAGUCUGUGAUCAGGUUGUGAUUUGGCAGUUGCCCUGCUGCACCGUAGUCUGUUUGACAGGUGCUGCUAGGUCCUACCUCCUUCUUGCAUUUUUGCAUUGUCAGUUGUACAGUGCAUUUUCGUUAUCCAUAUGAUUGUGUCUUUUGAGUUUUCUCUAAAUUUUGAGUACUGUCAGCAUGCUUAUUUAAUCAGUUUGCAACAAAGGCAUAUGAUAUUAUGUAUGUGCUCUUUUUCAGGAUGGGUAUCCUGGGACCUUGAAAAACACUACGUUUUUAUUGUAAGAUCAAAACUUAAAAUAGGGUAAAAAAAUAUUUGAAAGAAAAUCAGACGAAGGAAGCGUAAUAAAAAAUGACUAUCUUAAAUGUGAUUGGUCCGAGAACUUUAUGCAUGUCAACUGUCCAGAAUUACCUGGUUAUAGCAGCUGAGAAUUUUGAGAACGUUAUCACCUACACUACACCAAAACCAGUCCCAUUUGAUGUAGUUAUGUUCAUUGUUACAUAAUGUGAUGUUAUAACAUCAGGUGACCGUGAUUGGGUUUUGAAAAAGUUGGCAAGUCUGGAACUUCUUUAUUGCGUUGUAUCUAUCUACUCUCUCACCUAUAUUUGUUGAAUUUUUAUAGAAGGUCUCCUGUAAGGCAGGCUAUAUUUAUUCCCAGCUGUUGGCCAGUGAAGGAUAAGCAAACUUUUACAAAGAAAUUUUUUAUUUAUUUAGUAAUAUGAAAAAAAAAUGACUUAGUGCAGAUGUUGGUGGCCUAUCAGUACAUGUACCAGCACUGGUGGAGUGCCACAUUUACUUGAUCUUUAUUCACCUCACAGAUAUGUGGCUCUUUUUCUGAAACUGCGUUGAUUCAGAUGUUUAUACUAGAUUAUACCAUGCUUAAUUGACGAAAGUAGGAAAAGUCCCUCAUUAGUUAAGCGUUGCACUUAGGUGUGAGCAUGCUUUUUUAUCUCUGAGGAGUAUUGCUUUUCAUUCAUAUUGGUAAUGCAAUGAUUUCUGGAAUAAAAUGUUCAUUCACAAAUAUUUACAAAUGAAUCUUUGAACACAAUAUGAUUUAUAAAGGAAGCUGGAGCUGUUCUGUUUUUCUUAAAAUACUCGCUUUCCUGGUAUUCAGCGUCACUAAUCAGUUGGUCACUCUAAAUUGAUUUUCACUCGUUUGUUACUACGCAAUAAAAUGUGGAGGCUAAAUAAGUAA